AUGAAUCCCUCCCCGCUUAAACGUUUCUUUGCACUCGCACGCGCUCGCCCUCCCUUCUCUCGAUCUUAUUCUGUGCGCGGAAUGACCAUGGCGUCCGAUCCGCGUGAUCCGAAUACGUUGAGCAACUACAACCAUUGGCGCUCCACUCACAUCACCGCCAAUUUCGACAUCUUGUUUGACCAGAAAAAGCUUGCUGGAAAUGUCAUCCACAAGUUCACCUCAAUUACCGAUGCAAUCUCAAAGGAAAUCAUUCUAGACACCAGUCACUUGGAUAUUGGUUCGGUCAAGGUCGAUGGCCAAGCUUCCAAGUGGGAGCUUCUCCCCACGCAGGAUCCCUUCGGCACCCCACUCAAGAUUAGUCUGGAGCAAGGUGUCAAGCUGAAUGGAACCAUUGAGGUGGAUAUUGCGUUGAAAACCACCCAGAAAUGCACCGCGCUUCAAUGGUUGACUCCGGCCCAAACCUCCAACAAGAAACACCCAUACAUGUUUUCGCAAUGUCAGGCCAUCCACGCCCGCUCGAUUUUUCCUUGCCAGGAUACACCGGAUGUCAAGAGCACCUUGGACUUUAACAUCAGCUCACCCCUGCCGGUUAUGACAAGUGGUCUCCUUACUAAGUCGGAUGAGACCGCAGAAUCGGGUCACAAGCUCUACCGAUUCCACCAGUCGGUCCCGAUUCCCAGUUAUUUGUUUGCGAUCGCCAGUGGAGAUGUGGCUCAGGCUUCAAUUGGUCCUAGAAGUGUGGUAGCUACCAGCCCGGAUAAGCUGGAGGAGUGCACAUGGGAACUGGAAAAUGACACGGAGAACUUCAUCAAAACCAUUGAGAAAAUUGUGUCCCCCUAUGUUUGGGGCCAGUACAACGUAUUGAUUCUGCCUCCCAGUUUCCCUUAUGGCGGCAUGGAGAACCCGAUCUUUACCUUUGCGACCCCCAGUAUUAUCUCGAAGGAUCGUGAAAAUAUCGAUGUCAUUGCACACGAGCUGGCUCACAGCUGGAGUGGUAAUCUGGUGACCAACGCCUCGUGGGAGCACUUCUGGCUGAAUGAGGGCUGGACCGUGUAUUUGGAGCGACGGAUUCUCGCAGCAAUCCACGGCGAGGCCUACCGUCAUUUCUCGGCUAUUAUUGGCUGGAAAUCCCUUACGGAUUCCGUGGAACAUUUCGGUCAUGAUCAUGACUUCACCAAGUUGAUCACUGAUUUGAAGGGCAAGGACCCCGAUGAUGCUUUCUCGAGCAUCCCCUACGAGAAGGGUUUCAAUUUCUUAUUCUACCUCGAGAACCUCGUGGGCAAGCCGAAGUUUGACAGGUUCAUUCCUUACUACUUCACCACCUUCCAACGGAAGUCUCUCGACUCAUACGAGUUCAAAGAAUGUAUCCUGGGCUUCUUCCAGUCAGAUGCCGAGGCAUCCCAGCUGUUGAAUGAACUGGACUGGGAUAAGUGGUUCUAUUCUCCUGGGUUGCCCCCCAAGCCGCAGUUUGAUACAUCUCUCGUGGAUGUUGUCUAUGCACUGGCUAAAAAAUGGGAGACUCUCCCUAGCUCGUCGUUCAAGCCGCAGGUGAGCGAUCUUGAGGGUCUGACAGCCAACCAGAUUGUUGUAUUCCUUGAACAGAUCCUUCGCUGGGAGGAACCUCUCCGGCCAGAACUCUCCAAGUUAAUGGGCGAGGUCUACGGGCUGUCCAAGAGUACAAACAUUGAGGUGUCCAAUCUCUAUUUCCAGGUCGGUAUGAAGGCCGGCGAUGAGAGUGUCAUCGAGCCCACUACUGAGUUGCUUGGUCGAAUUGGACGGAUGAAGUUUGUGCGACCUUUGUACCGCAACCUCCAGAAGAUUAACCGUCCAGUUGCCCUUGCAACCUUUGAAAAAUACAAGGACUUCUACCACCCCAUCUGCCGUGGUAUGGUUGAAAAAGACUUGUUUGGCAAGAAGGAAAAUUAG